UCGGCCACAGCCACUAUGACACCCAGGAGAGGCAGCUGCCCCCUCCUCCUCUUCUCCCUGGUGGGUCUCCUCAUGACCUGUGCUCAGGAGCCUGGCGUGGCUGGACAGAACACUACAGAGGUCGCAGAGAAAGCUGGCAUCUGUCCCCAGGCAGAAUUGGAGAGGCCCGAUGGGAACUGCACGGAGGAGUGCCAAUCUGAUGCCCGCUGCGAGGGGAACCAGAAGUGCUGCCGGACAGGAUGUGGGACUUCCUGCCGGAUCCCAGACGAGAAAGCCGGGUCCUGCCCAAAUGUGAACGUGCCCAUCCCACCUCUGGGCAUUUGCAGAACCACGUGUCAAACAGAUUCGAACUGUCCAAACAUCAAGAAAUGCUGCAAAAAUGGCUGCGGGUUCAUGACUUGUUCAACGCCCGAACCCUGAGAUACAGCUCAGGCUGGGGGAUCCGAUGCAUUCACAGGACUGGACUCUGAAGAAAUGGCCGUGAUACCCGUGACCUCCUUCCUGCCCAGGCCCACCCAGGCCUCUAUGCUGGAGACCCUCCAAGCCUCCCUCUUUUUCAGUAAAGCUCUCAUCUCUCACAGCA